GGACAAAAUAAGAAGUUACUUUAUAUAUAUCUGUACACAUGCAGAGCAACUACUCAACCUACUUUCUUCAUAUCUUCCUUUUUCUCUGUUCCAUCUAAAUAGCAUUAAAACAUCUUUAUACCCUCUUCGAAAAUGAAUAUCGUAAUCGAACACAACCCUUCUAGCAUAAAGUUAGCUGAACUUGGAGUAGUGUCAUGGCCUAAAUGGUCUUGUCAGCCGGGGAAAUAUGCAUUGGUGUUUGAAGAAAGAGAGACAUGCUAUUUGGUGAAAGGAAAAGUGAAGGUGUAUCAAAAAGGGUCAUCAGAGUUUGUAGAGUUUGGUGCAGGAGACCUUGUGAUCAUCCCCAAGGGACUAAGCUGCACUUGGGACGUAUCUCUUUUCAUUGACAAGCACUACAAGUUCGAUCCUCCUACUUCUUUAUAGCUUUUCCUACUUAUGAUCUAGUUUUGGGUUAGUCUUUUAUCACCAGGAAGCAUAUAAGAUUCUAUAUCCAGAUAAUAAAGUAUAUAAGAGAAACCAAGCAGACAAUGCUUAGGAUAUGUACAAAGCCCCUCCUAGAUUAUGUUUUCAAAUGCUACUUCUUUGUUUGUUGAAGAACAAAGAACUGGCAUGUGCCCUUUCAAUUCAUAUAACAAAAAAACAUCAAAACAACCCUUUGUGAUAUAAUAUAACAUGUGCAAUAAAUAAAUGUGAAAGCA